ACUGUGACGACAAUGCCAUCUCAGGGAUCGUUUUCUCGGGGAAAAGUCCAAAAUCGCCCCCCUCACUCUAAUUUAUUAUACAAAUCUCAAGGUUGUUCAAUACAUUUUGUUGAAUAUUUGAGUCAACUCAGAUCUCAGGCUCGGGGAUGAUGGAAUGGAGAGUUCGUGGAUGUGUUUUCGCCAUCUCAUUUUCUUGCUUUCUUCUCCUUGCAAUGGCACAAAUUACUGCUCCCUCUGAAGUCAAUGCAUUGCGAGCUGUGAAGAGAAGUUUACUUGAUCCUAUGAACCAUCUUAAGAAUUGGAAAAAAAGGGAUCCAUGUACAUCAAACUGGACAGGAGUUUUAUGCUUUGAUAAAAUUGGGACUGAUGCGUACUUGCACAUCCGGGAGCUGCAGCUACUGAAUAUGAAUCUAUCAGGAAGUUUGGCACCUGAACUUGGCCAACUAACUCAGCUUCUAAUACUAGAUUUCAUGUGGAAUAAUUUGACUGGAAGCAUACCAAAGGAGAUAGGAAAUAUUUCAUCUUUGAAACUCCUGCUCUUGAAUGGGAACAAAUUUUCUGGUUCUUUACCUGAUGAGCUUGGUUACCUUUCAAGUUUAAAUAGAUUCCAAGUAGACCUGAACAAGUUAUCGGGGCCAAUACCAAAAUCAUUUUCAAAUUUGAACAGUUUGAGACAUCUCCACAUGAACAAUAACUCGAUUAGUGGACAAAUUCCUUCUGAGCUUUCAAAUUUAUCCAGUCUUCUUCACUUGCUUUUGGAUAAUAAUAACUUAUCUGGGUCUCUUCCGCCAGAGUUAUCAAAUUUUCCAGACUUGCGUAUACUUCAACUAGAUAACAACAAUUUCAGUGAGGCGGAGAUUCCAUCUUCUUAUGGAAAGCUGUCCAGAUUAGUAAAAUUAAGUCUUAGAAAUUGCAGCUUGCACGGAGCUGUACCUGAUCUCAGCAGUAUAGCAAAUCUUAGCUAUAUAGAUCUCAGCCAGAAUCAACUCACUGGAUCCAUACCAUCAAAUAAGCUUUCCAAUAAUAUGACAACUAUAGAUCUGUCAAAUAACCAUCUUAAUGGAUCUAUUCCCGAAAGUUUCUCAGAUCUUCCUUCUCUCCAGAAACUAUCACUUCAGAAUAAUCUUUUGAUUGGUUCUGUCCCCACAAACAUCUGGCAGAACAUGUCCUUCAGUGGAACCGCUAGACUUUUACUUGAUCUUCGGAAUAAUUCAUUUUCAAACAUUUUAGGAGAUCUUAAUCCUCCAGCAAAUGUCACCUUAAGGCUACAAGGCAAUCCUAUCUGCAGCAAUGCAAACUCAAAAAUCACACGCAAAUUCUGUGGAUCUGAUGCUGGAGGGGGUGACAUUCUUGAAAAGUCAACUGAUUCAAACCUGACUUGUCCUAUUCAAGCAUGUCCUGUUGAUAAUUAUUUUGAAUAUGUUCCAUCAUCCCCUGUGCCAUGCUUUUGUGCAUCACCCCUUAGAAUUGGAUAUAGGCUGAAGAGUCCGAGUUUCUCUUAUUUUCCUCCAUAUGCUGACUUAUUUGAGAUGUAUGUGACAUGUUCGCUUAACUUGGACCGUUAUCAACUAUCUAUUGAAUCAUAUGCCUGGGAGGAACGACGUCUGAGGAUGUAUUUGAAGCUUUUUCCUAUGGUCAGUAAUGAUCACUCAAGUAGAUUGUUCAACAAAAGUGAGAUUCUGCGUAUUAGAGGCAUAUACACAUCUUGGCAAUUUCCUCCUUCUGACUUUUUUGGACCUUAUGAGCUUCUCAACUUCACUCUCCUGGGACCUUACUCGUAUGUGAAUCUUGAGACUCAAGGAAAAAGUAUAAGCAAGGGCACUUUAAUAGCUGUUAUAUUAGCGGCCAUCGCCUGUGCUGCUAUUAUCUCUGCAGUAGCCACACUUUUGAUUGCAAGAAGACUUGCUAGAUACCAGCAUACACUGUCAAGGAAACGUUUAUCCUCAAAGCUUCCUAUAAAAAUUGAUGGAGUGAAAAGCUUCACUUUCAAAGAAAUGGCAUUGGCAACUCAAGAUUUUAACAGCUCUAGUUUAGUUGGCCAAGGAGGUUAUGGGAAGGUUUAUAAAGGAAUUUUAUCCGACAGUAGUGUUGUGGCCAUAAAGCGUGCAAGAGAAGGAUCCUUACAGGGUGAAAAGGAAUUCUUGACAGAGAUAGAAAUGUUGUCAAGGUUGCAUCACAAAAAUCUGGUUUCAUUGGUUGGAUACUGCGAUGAAGAAGGAGAGCAGAUGCUGGUUUAUGAGUUCAUGCGUAAUGGCACCUUGCAAGACUGGCUUUCUGCUAAAUCGAAGGAAAGUCUAAACUUUGGUCUGAGGUUACAUAUUGCAUUGGGUUCAGCCAAAGGUAUUCUUUACCUCCACACUGAGGCUCACCCUCCUGUAUUCCACCGCGAUAUCAAAGCCAGCAACAUACUUCUGGACCCCCAACUUACUGCCAAAGUUGCGGAUUUUGGACUCUCACGGCUUGCACCAGUGCUGGAUGAUGAAGGGACUUUGCCUAAUCAUAUAUCCACAAUUGUGAAGGGAACACCUGGUUACGUUGAUCCUGAAUACUUCUUGACCCAAAAGUUGACAGAUAAAAGUGAUGUUUAUAGCCUUGGGGUUGUAUUUUUGGAGAUUUUGACGGGUAUGCAACCAAUAUCGCGUGGAAAAAAUAUUGUCCGUGAGGUGAAUUUAACUCGUCAGUCGGGCACAAUGUUCUCACUUAUAGAUAGCAGAAUGGGUUCUUACCCUUCUGAAUGCGUCGAAAGGUUCAUAGACUUAGCCCUCAGGUGCUGCCAGGACAAGCCAGAAGUACGGCCAUCAAUGUUGGAUGUGGUCAGGGAUCUAGAAAACAUACUCAAAAUGAUGCCGGAAAUCGAAUCUGGAUCGUCAGAAUCUACAUCCAAAUUUUUUGAUGAAUCAGCAUCAUCAUCUUCGUUGGCCUACUCAAGCAGGGACUCAUAUAUUUCGUCAUAUGUUUCAGGAAGUCAUCUUGUCAGUGGCGUUGUUCCCACCAUCAGACCGCGCUGAUACUCCGAUAAAUCUUAUACUCCUGGAAAGACAAAAGAAAAAAAAAAAAAUACACAGAAAACAGUUUCUAUGUAAAUAUUUGGGAAUGUAAGAUGCCUUUUGUUCUUGAAUUUUUGUUUGUAAAUUGUGUAGGCAAGAGAAAUUUGGUUUAUGCCAGUUAUUGAUUGUGUAAAUGAACGAUAAAGUUUAGCUUUCGUAUGGAAUAGAGGCAAGAAUGAUGUUGAAGAUGACAUUGCAAUAAAA